UGUGUGAGGCAGCAGAGUGGUGGUGGUGGUGAGGGAGUCAGCUGGUGGCCGGUGUCUGCGAUGGAGUGUUGCAUUUUAAACCCGUUUUUUUAACCUCCCAAAAUUAUUUCCUUUAUCGUGACUGCACCGCCUGGUUGUGGUGCUGCUGGUAGGUGAUGGCAGCUACGCGGGGAGGCGUCAAGGACCGUAUAGUGCAUGAAAUUGGCAGAGCCAUCAAGCAGGCACAAAUAGAGUGGUGUGGUGUUGGAUGUAUACGGGCUUGCACAGGGCGAUGGCUGGUGUUGAGUAUAGAUGCUGCUUUACUACACGGGCUCCACUCCCUCAAUCGCGGGUACUGGCCAGUUGUUGCUGCACUCCUGGAUAAGCAGUCUGUUACUACUAUUACUACACUUCCCUAUGCCACAAAACCAUUAUCCAGAGGUCGGUCUUGGGUAUGCUUGUGUUUAAAUGAGGGUCAGUUAGAAAGCUACUUACACGUAUUAACCAGCCAUAAAAUCUUGCUCGAAGCACACUAUGGAACAAAUGCUCUACUCCGUGACCCUAACCGGGCACACCUCCUCCUCAUGUUGGCUGCUGGCCUAGAGCAUCUCAAAUUUUUCUUACCAAUGGAUGUCCCAGGUUGGAUACAAGGUGAUGGAAGUGUUGGGAGUUCAUCAGGUACAAGCAUGAACUCUCUGACUGUAUCCAUGACCAGUAUGUGCUCCUCCCUACCCUCACCCUCCCAGCAAGACUCUUUUGAUUUAGACACUACCUGCUCUGAGGCAAUGGAGGAAAGUUGGCAUUCCAUUCAGAGAGAUGUGCCAGUCUCUCUUCAGAGAUGUGAAGACUUGGAUACUGCCAUUGAAAUAGAACACAUCCCAAAGGCAUCCAGAAAAAAAAGAGGUAGCAGGUCCUCAUCGCAGAGCUCAUCAUGUGUGCCAUCAGGCGGCACAACACCUGUCGAAUUGGAAGUGGCUGCCACUGUUAAGGCUCCUGCUGUGAAGGACCAGCUUCCUCCUUAUGCUGCAGCUUGUAACCAAAGAGUCCUGCUUGAAAGUCUUGAUACCAUUCCAUUGGACAUUAGAGCUGAUGUAUUCCAUGGUGGGGAAAUACCAAAAAAGAACUGUGAUAAUUUUGACAAAUAUGUUACUAACAUUUCCAAAGUUGAGAGUAGUAUAGAAAACAACAUAAGAUGUACGGAGAAAACACUACAAGAUGCAAGCCAAGAGAAAUUUAUGCAUAAUAAUGAGCAGUUUGACAGAGAUAUGGAAUCCAGAAAGUGUACUGAGAAUCAAGUUAGCAAGCAAGAGAAAGAUAAUAGGGAGAAUGAGGGUGUUGUUCAUCGUCAUCUACCGUCCUCCAAAAACACCGAGAAAAGGGUCUCCUUCACUGAUGUGACAGAUGUAGAAGGACACACCAGAAAUAUUCACAAUCGACUCAGCUUGUGUGGUGACCUAUCUAAAGGAACUGAGAUCCGUGAUCUAAGUGACCUGAGGGACUUGCUGUCUAACCUGAGAGACCAAGGCCUACUACCUGUUUCAUUAGCAUUGGAGGAACUUUUUACCAGUCUUGAUCAGUCAAGUCCUGCAAUGAGUGAGAGAGCACCACCAGAGGGCCAAGAAGAUCCUCCGUUACAUCAGUCCAUUAUUAGCGUGACCUCAAAUAACAACAAUAAUAAUGUUAAUGAUGAUAGCAAUAACAACAAUGAUAGUGGUGACACUCAUAGUGCUCAUGCGAGUGAUACACGGAAAAGUACACAUGGAACAAAGGAUAAACAAGAAGGGGAAAAAAACAUAGGUUGUUUUUCACAACGAAAUGAUAUAAUUGGUGGUGUAAGAUGGGAAGAAUUGACGAUGAUUGGACAAAAAAUGCUUGAAGAGGGAGGUGUCGAGGAAAAAGACAUUCAACAACCCUAAAACGAUUCCCCCCAUUCCAUAGAAUCAAGGAAUGGAGGGAGCAGGACCAGUUUGGUUACAGGCACAAGACCUAAAUACAAGCAUAUAGCUGCCCUCAAACCUGAGCCUCAAAUUUUCCGGCCAGAGAAUGAUUCAGAGAUUGCAAGAGAAACUCGUCAUAAAAGGAAACAUUCUUCCCGAAAGCAUUUAAGCCCAGAAGAAAGGAAGAGUUUGUAUAAUUAGUUUUACAGGGCGACAGCACAGCUACCCAUUCUCUACAUUCCUGUUAAAGUGGAUACAUCAAAAUUUAAAGAAGAGGAGGAUCGCCUUGCAUUAGAAGUGGCUCAGGGUCAGUCUAACAUGACAAUUCCUGGUCAUGUUGCUGACCCCAUAAUAGGACAGAGACUUGCUACAACAUUAUUUACUAUGCCAGAUGAAGAACUUUAUAGGUUGUUUAAUGUGCGUGAGGGUCAUAGCAGUGGCAAGAGUGUUGGAGUGCAAGUUGUAUUGUCAUCACAAGCGCUUUAUGUGGUCACGCCCCUACUCCGAGGCGCUAAACUUCGUCAUACUGUCUCCUACCAUGACAUUCAUACUAUUCUAGUUGGAGCCAAUGACCAGUGGAUAUGUGUACUCAGUAAAGAAGCAGUUCGAGAUGAUCUAGUAACUGCAGGAACCAGUACUGGUAUUCAGUUGGAAGUCGGAGAUCCUGAGAUUACACACACACUUGUAAACUGCUUAGAAAUUGCAGUUCGUCGUCAUUUUACAAAAUUAAAAGUUCAUAAAAAGGAGAGACCCAUUGAAUCUUGUUCAAAUAGAAAAUGCUUUUAUCCUACAAGAAAAGGAUAUCUUCAAGAGUUUACUAAAGAAUGUGUGGAUAACUUCUCAAAUUCACUUUUAGAAGAAUCACUACUUAAUGCUUGGGAUACCAGGAAGAAUUCAGUUGAUAACAGUCAAGCAUCUGACUUAAGUCAAGAUUCACCUGUUGCAACUCCAUGUUCAGGCCACGCUAGUCAGGUCUCGACUGAUGUCAGUCAGGAAUCAGCAGAUGUAAGUGAUGUGUCAAAUGAUUCAAGCCAGGUUUCAACUGAAGUUAGUCAAACAUCAGCUGAUGUGAGCCAGGUGUCAGCUGAUUUCAGCCAAGUAUCAUUAGAUGUUAGUCAAGCAUCAAGUGAUAUCAGCCAUGUGUCAACUGAUGCAAGUCAUGAGUCAGUUGAUAUUAGUCAAGCAACAUCUGAUAUGAGUCAGUCAUUAUCAGAUGAAACCCCAACUUCAUCAGACAUGAUACAGUCUUUAUCAAACGUAAGUCAGGAAUCUUUAGAUGAAGGACAGUUACCUACUGGUAGGAACCAAGACCCUGGUGAUACCAGUCAGACCUCUGGGGACACCAUCACAGACAGUAAAAACACAGAUGACAUUUGCCCUGUACAACUUAAUAUACAGAAGCAAGAUAUUUUUUAUAAAUAUGCGGGUGGUUAUUCACGAUGGAAUGGAGCACUCUUGGAUAGAAGCCUGCCAGGAGUUGUGGUGCAUCCUUCAUGGGAAUUGGCAGGAUUGCGCAAGUGGUUAAGAGCACAGCUUCGUCUUAAGGAUUGUCCUAAAGUUAUUGGUUACUGGGUUGUGGACUGGGAAGAUGGAAGCAGUCUGGGAGGAGGGGAUGCUAUAUCUGGCCCUCUAGGACCAGCCAACGAAGGACCACUAAUGUUUAAGCCACCUGGAAUUCUUAUGCCGUGGAGACCAGCAUAUUUCAUUCUUAAGGCUGGAGUACUAUAUCAGUUCAAUGAUGCUAGAGAAAGGUUACCUCAUCUGAUAGUGGAAGUGGUGCAGUGUGUAGGUUGUGUCCGUAUCUCUUCUAGCCAACGGCCGCAUGCCUUCCAGUUGCUUAGAAAAAAGGAAGCCCCACUCAUGUUAGCAGCAUCGGAUGAGCAUCAAGCAUCAUUAUGGCUACAGUCUUUCUUGACAAUUAUUAACAGUGGGAUACGAGAUAUCAGUGAGAGGACACAGGUACCUUGCCGUGUAGUACUUCUGGAGUCUGGGGUACUGUUAGCACAGCAAUCAGACCUUAUCCUUGGCGCUCCCUCAGAAUCGACACAUCAGAACAGUCAUGAUAUUAAAUCCUCAUCUGCUGUUCACCAUUCCCAGCAGUUGCUUGGAACUUCUCCUGAAACACCUUCUAUUCAAAAUCAAUCUCAUUUUGAGAAAAAGGACUCGGAAAAACCAUUAAAUUUAACUGUGGCAAACCUUAAGGAUCGAAAACCUCUUAGUUCCUCCCUAACUGCUCUUAACCGCAUCAGUAGUUCAUCAUCUCUACUUAAUAGUCCAAGGAAACGCCUCAACACUGGAGAAAGAAGUUCAACUCCUCUACGUAACCUUUACCGACGCCAGAGCAGCCUCUCCAGAUUAUCUACGUGUAGAAUUUCUGAUAUGAAACCGGAUCUUCAAAACACAGAAGAAAAAAGUUCAUGUGCUCCUCAAAAGGUAUCAGCACCACUGAGGACACACAGAGUGGAAACUACUGAGACAUCCCAACUGAAAUAUGGAUUUAUACCUAAGGGUGAAGUCAAGGUUUUAACAUUUAGUACCUUAGAACAUCUCUCUUCAGUAUACUUAUAUGCUGAGUGCCCCAACACAUGUCUCAUGGAGUUUGAGUGCAGUGAAGCAGGUGAAAUCUCAGGGGACUGGGCACUUUACUUCCGGUCUGGAAGCCAGCUACAAGAAUUCAUCAAUACCUUGUCUUAUACCUGGAGAUCUAUUUUUCAGCAUGAUUUUCCACUGAACACAGUAGAGAAUGCUGGUGUACAACAGUUUCUUCUUGAAGGUUCUCAGAUAUCCAGCAAUGGGUGGUCUUGUCUCCACCUGUGAAAAAUUUGCUGCAGUCAAGCAAACAUCAACUUGACACAUCAAACCGGAAGAAUUGGUGCCUCAUAAAUAUAAAAAUUAUGCAUGUCUAAAAUGCGUAGUUAAGGUAUAUGUGUAUUUUUGAGAUGGAGAUGCAAAGUGUUUUGCUAAAAGUGCAACAAAAUUUAAUUUCACUUGUUUAGGAAAAUGGUCUGCUGCUGCUCUGAAAGCCAUACACUUGAGGUCAGGAUUAAUAUUCGAUGGAGUCAUGAAGAUUAUUACAGACCAUAAAUACUUUUUGUGAAUAAGGUAAAACAUUUUUCUCUAGUCAUUUGACAAUACAAAGCUUUAAGAAAUUAGUUCCUUUUGUAUACUUGUUAGAAAAAGUGUGUGUUUUGUAAUAAAGAUUUUUUAAGGAAUUGACAUGUAUAAUGUUAAUAUUGAUCAAAAUGUAUAUCUGCCUUAUAAAAAGGUUUACUAAUAUACUGAAUAUUUGCCAGAGAAUGCAAUAUUAUCUGUUUUAGUAGUACAGCCAACCUGUCCUCAUAAUGCCAACAUUGGUGUUUUACUUCAUGUGCUUAAGGCAGUUUCUCUAUGUGGUCUUUAGGUUAGGUUAGAUUAAUACUAAUUAGCCAAAUAUUAUCAUAUAUUAAGACCAGUAAAUAAUAUAAGCAUAAAAGCAAGAACAUACUUUGAUGCACUAAGAGAAAAGAGGAAGCUAUUAAGAAGACUAACAAAACACAUUAUUGAAAUUUCGAUGUUCACAUUUUAGUGUCACUGUUGCUUUACCAACAAUCUUGAGUUAUGGUAAAAUACUGAUGUUAGCUAGGAGGAGGAUGGGUUCGUACAGUACAUGAAACUUUCAUUUUUAACUUGAACUCAUUCAGUAAAAUUUGGAUAAUCUGUUUCAGAGAGGCAGACAUUUAGUCUGAAUGGUAUGGGUAGAAAAGUCUUAAGACAAAAUAUACAAAAUUUAAAUACUUCCUCUAUGAAGAUUAAUGUGUAACUUUCUUUUUUUUCAUGAUUAGAUUAACAUUAAGAAAUUUUAAUUGGCAACUACCUCUUUUUCAGUGCAGUUAGGACAGUUUAUUUUUGUAUAUCAAAUGACACUAAUAGGAGUUCUUUUAAUAUAGCAAUAACUUGUAUUUUACUUGUGGUAUGUCUCCUUUAAUUAAGCAGAUGUUCAUGCUAUUUUAUAAGUCUGCCAUAUCAUGUUGUUUUUGUAUAUUGUACACACAAUUAAACAAAAUCUUAGAUACUGUAUCAAGAAUUUGAUAAGUGGCAUGCUAGAAAUGGAAGGUAA